AUGGUUGAGUCAGAUAGUGCGGCAGACAUGUUGCCGGUUGUAUCAAUGUCCUGGACUAUCAACAUUCUUAUCCCUCCUAUCAACAUUCCUAUCAACAUUCCUAUCCCUCCUAUCAACAUUCCUAUCCCUCCUAUCAACAUUCCUAUCAACAUUCCUAUCCCUCCUAUCAACAUUCCUAUCCCUCCUAUCAACAUUCCUAUCCCUCCUAUCAACAUUCCUAUCAACAUUCCUAUCAACAUUCCUAUCCCUCCUAUCAACAUUCCUAUCAACAUUCCUAUCCCUCCUAUCAACAUUCCUAUCCCUCCUAUCAACAUUCCUAUCCCUCCUAUCAACAUUCCUAUCCCUCCUAUCAACAUUCCUAUCAACAUUCCUAUCAACAUUCCUAUCAACAUUCCUAUCCCUCCUAUCAACAUUCCAAUCAACAUUCCUAUCAACAUUCCUAUCAACAUUCCUAUCAACAUUCCUAUCCCUCCUAUCAACAUUCCUAUCCCUCCUAUCAACAUUCCUAUCAACAUUCCUAUCCCUCCUAUCAACAUUCCUAUCCCUCCUAUCAACAUUCCUAUCCCUCCUAUCAACAUUCCUAUCCCUCCUAUCAACAUUCCUAUCAACAUUCCUAUCCCUCCUAUCAACAUUCCUAUCCCUCCUAUCAACAUUCCUAUCCCUCCUAUCAACAUUCCUAUCCCUCCUAUCAACAUUCCUAUCAACAUUCCUAUCAACAUUCCUAUCCCUCCUAUCAACAUUCCUAUCAACAUUCCUAUCAACAUUCCUAUCAACAUUCCUAUCAACAUUCCUAUCCCUCCUAUCAACAUUCCUAUCAACAUUCCUAUCAACAUUCCUAUCCCUCCUAUCAACAUUCCUAUCAACAUUCCUAUCCCUCCUAUCAACAUUCCUAUCCCUCCUAUCAACAUUCCUAUCCCUCCUAUCAACAUUCCUAUCCCUCCUAUCAACAUUCCUAUCAACAUUCCUAUCAACAUUCCUAUCAACAUUCCUAUCCCUCCUAUCAACAUUCCAAUCAACAUUCCUAUCAACAUUCCUAUCAACAUUCCUAUCAACAUUCCUAUCCCUCCUAUCAACAUUCCUAUCCCUCCUAUCAACAUUCCUAUCAACAUUCCUAUCCCUCCUAUCAACAUUCCUAUCCCUCCUAUCAACAUUCCUAUCCCUCCUAUCAACAUUCCUAUCCCUCCUAUCAACAUUCCUAUCAACAUUCCUAUCCCUCCUAUCAACAUUCCUAUCCCUCCUAUCAACAUUCCUAUCCCUCCUAUCAACAUUCCUAUCCCUCCUAUCAACAUUCCUAUCAACAUUCCUAUCAACAUUCCUAUCCCUCCUAUCAACAUUCCUAUCAACAUUCCUAUCAACAUUCCUAUCAACAUUCCUAUCAACAUUCCUAUCCCUCCUAUCAACAUUCCUAUCCCUCCUAUCAACAUUCCUAUCCCUCCUAUCAACAUUCCUAUCCCUCCUAUCAACAUUCCUAUCCCUCCUAUCAACCCUAUUCAGAUUUUUAUUUUGCUAAGCCUCACCUUUGACCUCCCCCUAAAGUUCACACCUUAA